AUGUCGGCUACGGACAAAAAUAACUUAAAAACAGUUUCUUAUACAGUAUCAGAUUUAUUACCUAAAAUUUCUUCUUUGAUAGAUACAUGUGACUAUCAGUUAGCCUUACAGUUUGCUAAAAGAGCUUUGAGCAUGGAAAGUAAUAAUAUUAUGGUUUUAGAGAUUUUGGGAAUGGUGGAAAUAGAAUUAGGAAUGUACGAUGAUGCUAAAGAGCAUUUUUUAAAAGCCAUUUCAAUAAGUCCGAAUCAAGGAUAUUCAAAAUAUAUGUAUAUGGGUCAAUUAUGUGAAGGUCUAGAAGCUAUUAAAAAUUUUCAAUGUGGUGUUAAUUUAAUGAUUGACGAACACAAAUCAAUUACAUCAUCAUCACAAGAUUCACAAGAAUCUUUAAGCCGUAAAAUUUCUACGGCAUUAUGUUCAAUGAUUGAAAUCUAUUUAACUGACUAUGCUGAAUCAAAAUGUGAAGAAUAUUUAAAUCAAGCUUUGGAGAUCGAUCCAAUAAAUCCUGAGGUUUAUCAAUUAUUAGCCUCAGUUAGGCUUUCUCAGCAAAGAAACGAAGAAGCAAAAAUUGCACUGGAAAAAAGUUUAAGUUUAUGGAUCAAUUUAGAACCAGGUGAUCCAUUAAUACCUUCUUACGACAUCCGAAUAUCUCUAGUAAAGUUACUCCUUGAGCUUUCUCAAUAUACUCAAGCACUUUCGGUUCUUGAAAUAUUGCAAAAGGAAAAUGAUCAA